UUUAUUUUAUAUUCCCAAUUUUUAUGUGUUCUCAGUGUUUGUGUACUUAAUUCCUUACACUGUGACCCUUUCAUGCUUCAAGGAUCCUCUUUUCUCUCUUCUCCAUUUACAUAUACUAAGAACUUCUCUCUCUCCACCCUCUCUCUCUCUCUCUCUAAGGCUAAUUCUUAUUGUGUCAUUUCAUUCAAAUUUCUUCACUUAUUUGACAACCCAUUUUUCCAUUUAAUCUUCCAACCUUAUUUUCAAACUCAACAAAAUAACUAACCCUCAAGAAGUUACCAAUUAUGGGUAAGGAAUGGUAUGGAGUUAGAAAAUCUUCCAAAAGAAGUGUUAUAGUUGAAGGAAAUGAAACUACACCAUCACCACCUAGUGGUUGCAUGUGUGCUUUUUUUCAAUUCUUUGAUUUUCAUCCUUUUCACUUUCCUAACACAAUAAAUCAUCAACAAGAAAUCACAUCUUCUUCUUGCAUCUCUAAAGAACACACUCUCGGUGCUGGGUCUCGAACCAACUUUCUUCAGGUUGAAAAGAGAAACUCUCAACCAAGUGACUUCUCGGGAGAGAGGCUCUCAAAAGAACACACUACUACUACUAGUGUGUCAAAAGGUGCUGAAGCUCCUAGGAAUAGCUUGAAAUCUGAGGAUAGCAUAGUUUCAGCUUCUCUUUCAAAAGAAGAAAAUUUAAAAAUUCCAAAGAAUAUACAAAUCAAAACAAAAAGGAGCAAUGGUGGAAAUUUGACUGAUUUGUCCUCAGAAAUUAGCACUUCACCAGGAACAAAAACACCAACUUUGGUUGCAAGAUUAAUGGGUUUGGAUCUUCUUCCAAAUCCAAACUCACCCUCUUUUUCUUCACCUCUUUCAACACCAAAUUCACAAGGGAAGAACAACAUUAUUCAACAUCUUCACCAAGUUAGAACAAAGCAACAACAAUUUCAAACCAAAGCAAGAAAUAGCAUUGAUAGUAGUGAAAUUACAAGAAUGUCCUCAUCUAGGAAAACAGAAUUUGAUCAUCAUAGACUCUCUCUUCAAAUCAACAAAGAGAAUAAUAUUGGUGGUGAGGAUUUUGAGCUACCUAGAUUUUCAUUUUCAAAGAGGAAAAUUGAUGAGAAUAGUUACAAAAGUUCAAAUCACUAUGCUAAGCAAAUUGUGAAACAAGUUAAGGAAAGUGUUGUGAGUAGAAAAGUUGGUCAAGACAUUACCAACACUCUCAAAAGCAAUCAGGUAAUCGGUAUUCAACAAAACUCCAACGAACCAGAUUAUUUACCAAGAAAAGAUCAAUUACUAACAAGAGAAGAAGUUUUAGGACAAUUAAGAAUCAAGAGAUGUCCUAAAACAACAUCAUUGAAAGAUUCAAAUCCUAUAUCAUCAUGUUCACCAAGGAUUAGAUUCAUUGAAAACAAACACAAGCCAAACACAACAACAGAUCAAAAUACAAAACCAAAGGCUUAUACAUUGAAAGAAGAGCAAGAAUCAAGUGACAAGAAAUUAGUGUCAAAAUGUAAGAAAGAUGCCAAUGAAAAGUUUAGUUCAAGAUUCAAAAGGCUUCCAAAGACAUCAGAUAUAAACAUUAGUUCAACAUCAAAUUCUAGAGCAAACGACAUCAGAAGUAAUACAAAAAGCAAGAGAAUUUCAAAUGUCCUCUCUAUUGGGACAGAGUCUUCUUAUCUGGCUAACAAAAUUCCUCUCAAACAGUCACAGGUAUCUGAAACUCAAGACUCCAAACUCUGCCCACAGUUAUCUAGUUGUUCGAGACAAAGGUACAAACAAGAAGGAACGGUCACACUCUCCAAUCAAGAACCAAGCACCAAAGUAAUAGAAGACAAAUUUAACGGUGCCACAACCCUAGAAACUAACCAACCAGAAUUUCAGUACAUCACUGAAAUCUUAAACAAACAUGGCACAAUCACAACAACAAAAAAUGUGUCUUUUAACAAAUGGUUCUCUUCAACACACCUACUUGACCCAUCAAUCUUCCACCACCUUGAACAAAGUACUAAUGAUAAUAUUAUCAUAAAAAACCAACUUUGUCACCGUUGGAAUCGAAAAUUGUUGUUUGAUUUGGUCGAUGAGGUUUUAAUCGAGAUUUUGAAGCCAAAUGGUGGCGAAAAAAGGUUAUAUUUUUUGGAUGGGUUUUGCGACCAGUGGACAAUUACAGAGCUAACAGAGAGAGUGUUGAAAAGAGUUGUAGAGUUUCCGUGUGCGAAGUGUGAAGUUUUGGAUGACAUUGAUAAUUUGAUUGAAGGAGAAGACAUGGAGAAAUUGAUCAAGGUUGAAGAUGAAGAAGAAAGAGAAGGAUUGGUGAUGGAGAUUCAAGGGAACAUAUUAGACACAUUGGUGCAUGAAACUAUUUUGAUAUUUCAAAUUAUGGGUACAAUUUAGUUUUCAAAUUUAUAGAAAUCAAAAUUCAUGUCUCAAAUUUAAAAUCGUAAAUGAAUUAAUUGGUUAUUGUAAGGAUUGCUAGACAAUCGAGACGUGUAUUAGAUAGAAAAGUUAGUCACACUAGUCACUUGGUUAGUUAAGUUAGUUUAAUUGGUAUUUUUAUUGGUUACCUAUAAGUUUUGUGUAUUACUCCAUUUUAUAUAUAAGAAAAAAUUUAUC